CGCCUCGGCGCACCCCACCAUGGGCACCCGCGACGACGAGUAUGACUAUCUCUUCAAAGUUGUGCUUAUUGGAGACUCUGGAGUAGGCAAGAGUAACCUUCUGUCUCGGUUCACUCGCAAUGAGUUUAACCUGGAAAGCAAAAGCACCAUUGGAGUAGAGUUUGCAACAAGAAGCAUUCAAGUUGAUGGGAAGACAAUAAAGGCUCAGAUAUGGGACACAGCAGGGCAGGAGCGAUACCGAGCCAUAACAUCAGCGUACUACCGUGGAGCUGUAGGGGCAUUAUUGGUGUAUGACAUUGCUAAGCACCUCACUUAUGAGAACGUAGAGCGAUGGUUGAAAGAGCUGAGAGACCAUGCUGACAGCAACAUUGUCAUCAUGCUGGUGGGAAACAAGAGCGACUUGCGCCACCUGAGAGCAGUCCCUACAGAUGAGGCCAGAGCUUUUGCAGAGAAGAAUGGUUUGUCAUUUAUUGAGACGUCUGCUUUAGACUCUACAAAUGUGGAAGCAGCUUUCCAGACUAUUCUGACAGAGAUCUAUCGCAUUGUUUCCCAGAAGCAGAUGUCGGACAGGCGUGAGAACGACAUGUCUCCCAGCAACAACGUGGUCCCCAUCCAUGUCCCUCCAACCACUGAGAACAAACCAAAGAUGCAGUGCUGUCAGAAUAUAUAGAAUCCUUCUUUCUUUCCUAAAGGCUGUGUAUAUCCCCCCAGGUCCAAGAUUUAAAUAUAUUUGUAAUUCUUGUGGUCACGUUCUUGUGUUUCAGUUACUGCUUAUUCCUUCUGAAUUUCUCCAUGUCUUAAAACACUUUGAGUUCAGUGUUUACCAAUCUAUUGCUUCUCUGUGGCUGCAGUAUUUUCCCGACAGACUUGUCGGUGUUGGUUCAGUGAAUUGGUGGAAAACUGAUGGGAUCUUUCCAACAUGAUGCCCGCUAGUCAGAGUGUACAGGCACCUUCAGGGAGUACCCCCAAGGGUUUAUUCUGCUUCUCAAAGCAAUUGCUGUCAGGCUAACUAGGAAAAUGUCUCUGGGCAGGAUAAUCUUCCCUCAUCGUAAGGUGUCUGCCUCUAAAGCUUGCUGACAUGCCCGUUGCUCUGAAGUGCAAUUUUAAUGUAAGUUAAAUGUUUUUGGCUACAUCUUCAGAUUGUCAAGUUAAGGAUUUUUAACACAGAAUAUUAUGGGGGAGAAAAGAGAGAUUCUCACAAACAAGCAGUGGGGUUUCUACCUGUGAAUGAGCUUUGCCCUGCUGCUGCAGAGGAGAGGUUGUGAUGAGGCAGAGCUGCUGGGAGGCUGGCCAGGGAGAUGCUGGUGGGACUCCACUUGGAGGUGCCUCUUGUGAAGCGAAAGCAUGAGCUGAGUAACUGAUGAAGGGUCACUAACACUGGAACCUGCAGUGUGGUUUUGUGCUGCUCAAGACUUGGCCCCCACAGUGCUGGUGGUAUCAGGAUUUGAGGAUGCCUUUUUUUCUGUCCUAGCACGCACACACACACCUGAAGGCUGUUGUCACAUGUUGCUUACCACAUUUAUUAGCACAAGCCACACAGAUAUAAACAGCUGGUGAAUCAGUGACUUCCACAACCUGCUCUUAGUUUUCAGUCCUGCUUCAUCCAGUAUUUUUACACUCUUGCAGUGGUUUGGUUAGAUACUCUUUCACAAACACCUGGAGUAGUUUUCUUACUGGAUGCAUUCCUUCUGUGGCCUGUCAUUCAGUACAAAUCAUCUGCUGGAUUAGCUUGUUCAGGGAUACAUAAACUGUGCCUUCUGCCACUGCACUCGCUGCAUUCACUGCGUGCUACUUCCCAACACCUCAUUAAUGCUGAGAUUUGGGGGCUGUAGGCACUGUGUUUCUGCAGUAUUUACCAGAGCUGUGUGUUGUAUGAAUGCCUGCAGUUAGACAGAGGGAAAAUCCUUGAUUGUAGGAGGGCGUUUCUCAAACUCUGAUAUGACCCAUGUGGAACACCCAGAUCUGGGUAGGUACCAGCUGUGUUUCGUACCCAACCUUUCUGUCUCGCGGUGCUCAUGAUGUGUAAAGGCACACGGAAGGCAUUGCUGUAGUCGGUCACUUGGUUCUGGUCUUUUUUUAAAUCCAUUUCUCCUCCUGGUAUUAGUUCUGAAGAUGCUGUGUUGAUCUGUUUGUAAAUUACUUUGUAUUUUAUGCAUGUACCUUGAUUCAUUAUUUUUUUAGAUUGAUUUAAAAUAUAUUCAUCCAUGAUUCUAAUAAAG